AUGGCACGAAACUUAAAGACUCAACAAUCUAGUCAGUACAAGGUCGACCGCCGGGAUUCUCCAAAGAUUAAUAAAUCUUUACUGGUGCUUGUAUUAGACCCAUGUCAGAAAGAAACCCGGAAAUACGACAUAGUAAAUUUACUCGUCGACAAUGAGACAGACAACCUCUCAUUGGAAAACAAGAACAGCCAGAAACAGUCAGUCCUAAGCGCGUUCAAGGAUGAACCACAAGUAUCCAGAUACGUAGAACGUAAAAGCGGCAACCCGGAGUCCGAAAUCGAACUCAAGCUCGUACCCCUCGAAGCGCAUCUCGGACAGCAAGCCGCUACGUGGUGCCAAUAUUUCUCCAAAACCAUAGCAGGAUACUACUUACCCACGGCCACUCUACUUUACGUACUGAAGUCACUGCAAAUACCAAAAGUCCAAGAACUCCUCGCCACCGCAACGACGUUGGACCAGGCCAUAGACAUAAUCGAAACGUAUUAUGGUCAGAUCUACGAUAAAGAAGUGACUACACCUCCCAGACAACAAGAUUUUGUCUUUAUGCAAGACUAUAAGGACAACGUGGAUGAAUACAUACGAGUACAGUCACUGAAUAAGAAGGUCAAAGGGGAAGCACUUGAGACACUUACCUACGACACGUUUAUAGGUGGCUUGAGCUUGGUAACAAAAAUUCAUUUCGUCGACAAACCAAAAAUGAACAUUCCAGACUAUGUACAACAUGUACGGGCGUUGGAACUCAUGAUCAUAACAGCAGCGCGCAACUAUAAGCAGCUGAAACAAGACCUGGGUCAAUAUACAGAGACCACUCCCGCAGCAAAACCAAUUCACACACAUUCAAAUGUGCAAGAGAAUUACUGCGAGAUUCACCAAACAACCGGACACUCAACCAAAGAAUGUUCUCGGUUAAAAUGGUUUCAAAACCGUAUAGGCGCUCCGUCAAGGACACGAGGCGAGAAAAAGCACUUUGAGAAAAAGUCUUUUGUAUUGCAAAAGCCAAACAACAGUUCUACUAAGGACGAAACAAAAAAAUGA